AUGGGUAAAUUAGAAAAAAUCAACAGUUUGGUAAAAUGGGCUGAACUGAAUGGAGCAGAAUUAUCCCCCGAUGUGCAAUUCAAAGAAAUAACGACAAAUAACAUUGGGGCAAUCUAUGACGGCAAAAUUGCUCCAAGUGAUAAUGGAUAUCCAAUUAGUAUUCCAUUUAAAUUGAUAAUAACCACUCAAAAUGCCAUUACUGAGUUUGGUAAAUACUUAAAAUCUACUGAAGAUAAGAAUUCCAAUGCCAUAUUGAAAUUUUAUUUAUGUCAUGAAAGAAUUAAUGCAGAUUCGUUCUACCAUCCAUAUUUGAAAUUGUUGCCAAGUUUAGCAGCUAUUGAUUCUCCUUAUACUUGGUCAGCUCAAGAUAAAACAUACUUGAAGGGAACCAAUCUUGGAAAUUCUUUAAAGGAAAAUUUGGGUAGUCUAGUUGAAGAAUGGUGGGAAGUUAUAAAUCUACUUAAGGAUGAAGUUUCCAAACCUGAACAACAUUUCAUUAAUAUGAAGUUUUACUAUGAUUUUAAAUUCUACACUGAUGAUGAUUUAGACAAAUACUUGAAUGAAGAAGACAUUAACAAUUGGACAAGCUUUCCAAACUAUUUAUGGGCUUCAUUGAUACUUAAAAGUAGAUCAUUUCCAGCUUAUUUAAUUGAUAAAUCAUGUAACAAAAAUGAUGCUAUGCUUUUACCAGUUGUUGAUUUGUUAAAUCAUAAUCCACAAGCAAAAGUCAAUUGGGAUGUAUCUGAUGGAUUUUUCCGUUUCAAAUCUGAAUCGAUUCAACCUGGUAAAGAGAUUUUCAAUAACUAUGGAUUAAAAGGCAAUGAAGAAUUAUUAUUAGCUUAUGGUUUUUGUAUUGAAGGAAACCCCCGUGAUUCAGUUGCGUUGAAAAUCAAAAUGCCAGAAGAGAAAUUGAAAGAGAUUGAAGAGCAAGGUAUAAAAUUACCGACUAUUGACGAUUAUACCAAUGCUGUCGUGGCCGGGGAAACCACUGAAUCAAAUACAAACUAUAAUGAUGGUGUUUUGUUUUUCAUUAAUAAUGAUAAUAUUCCUGAUAGUCUCAUUAAAACAUUCCAAUACUUAGUACAAAAUUCAUGGGAAAAAGGAAUCACUUUACGUAUGCAAUUGGCCGGAUUGAACCAUUUGCGUCUUGCUUUAGAAACAAAGAAAAACAUGUUGCAAUUUGAUAUCCCGCAAGAUUCAACUAAACACAAGUAUAUCAAAUGGUACAUCGAUUCACAAAGUAAGAUAUUUUCAUCAGCUAUUAAACAAAUCAAGAAACUAGAAAAGGAAAUUUUAAGUAAUGAAAAAUCAAAAUUGAUUACAUUGAAAAAUGUUUACAAGAAGGAUUCAAAGUUUCUGCAGUCUUUACUUUUCUUGGGAUUCCCAGAUUAUGAAUCAAUCUUACAAUCUGAAUUCCAAGAUCAAUGCUGGAUACUAUGGUUAAUGCGUUGUUACAACCGUGAUCAAUAUUCCAGUGAUGAAUUUUUACCACAAUGGAUUCACGACUUGUUUGUGCGUCUCAGAAAGGAAACCGAUAUUACUGCACAAGAAGUUCUCAACUAUAAACCGAUUUACGAAGGAUUAUUCCCUGGAUUACCUGAUCAAUUACCCGAAAUAUAUGGUAAAGGUCAAUGGACAUUGAGUGAAUUUAUUGUUGCUGCAAAAUUGUUAGAUUUAAUCAGUUUUGUUAGGGGUAAAGAACAAGAAUGUAUAUUGGUAGAUCAAGUUUACCAAUGA